AAUGACGUAGUUAGUCAUGUGACUGAUGACGUGUCCACUGGCGUAACUGCACAAGGAAGAGAGCACGUGUUUGUUAGUUGCCGGUGUCCUUCGGAGACAAGACGUAAAGGAAUAAAACCUUCUACAGUUUGUGAACUCGACGCCGUUUAAAGAAGAAAAAAUGCCUGGAGACGUCAACAAAGGGAAAAAGUCCUUUGUCCAGAAGUGUUCUCAAUGUCACACUGUGGAGAAUGGAGGCAAACACAAGGUCGGCCCAAACCUGUGGGGUUUGUUUGGUCGCAAAACCGGCCAGGCAGAAGGCUACUCUUAUACGGACGCAAACAAGAGCAAAGGCAUUAUCUGGGAUGAGGAAACCCUGAAUGUUUAUUUAGAGAAUCCCAAAAAAUACAUUCCUGGAACAAAGAUGAUCUUCGCUGGCAUCAAGAAGAAGAAUGAACGUGCUGACCUUAUAGAAUAUCUUAAAUCCGCAACCUCAUAAAUAUAGCUACCGUUAAUUUUCAUGUUAAAAAACAGGGAAAGUUGCAUGUUUUCCGAGAGCCAUGGAAACUUACCAUAUUUACUAACUGUAUGUGUGUGUAUGACAUGAUACACAUCCUUUGUGGAGCGAAUGAUAAUCCCUGGUUUUAACAGUUUUUUUUAGAAUAAGUUAUUAAACAAUGUACUGUAUUCAGACUGUAAAGUGUAUGGAAGCGGUAAAUACAUUUAUAUUUUAUCC